GUUUAUAACUGUAAAUAAAGCAAUAUGAAGCGCUUUAAGUUUUUGCUUAAAAAGUGACUGAAAUGCUUUUAGCUGAAAUAUUUUUUUUUUCAUUCAUAUUUACACUGUUAGAUUUUUAUUGCGUCAACAACGUUGAGGUUAAAUUUUUUUCAUGAGUAGAGCAGCAGCAUCAGUACACGAGUGAACAUGAACACGAUCUCGAUUACAAUCUGCAGACACAACUCCAGAGAGAAUGGAUUUCACAAAGUCUGUUUGUAUCUGCAUCUGGUGCUUCAUCAUGUAUGUGGACUCCCCCUCUGUAGACUCUCAGAUCACUGUACCUGCUCGAGAGGGAAACACAGCGGUCCUGCCAUGUAAAUUACACGUCACUACUGCCCAAGCACUACACGUCUCAUGGAGUAUUGGUGAUGAGGUUGUGUUUGAGCGAUGCGGUGAGGAGACAUUUCAGCGAUCAGAAUAUGAAGAUCGUGUGGACGUUCCUGAGGAGGAACUGCUUAAAGGAAACUGUUCCCUGGUGUUCAAGAACAUCAGAAACACUGAUCAGGGAAUCUACACCUGUUCACUGAUGACAGGACACAGGAAGAGAUCUGCCAUGACCAACAAGGACUUCAUCCAGAGUGUUACACUCCUCCUAGAUCAAUAAAUUAAUAUUGGAGCUUUAACGUUUUAUCAUAUUUUGUACCUGCAACGCCAUUAAACUCUGAUUGUUCAAAACUAAACAGCAUUUUAUUUAUUCAUUUUAUUUCAUAUUUAAUUUCAAGUGUACAUUCGCUUCAUCUCAAUGAUGAUCAUGAAGUGUAAAUAACUGAAGAUAGAUAGAUAGACAGAUAGAUAGAUAUUGGGGAAAUGAUGAGUUAAGCAGAAAUAAUUUUAACAACUGUUACAACCACAAUUAGUCUAGGGCUAUGUCGGGAAUAACACUUAUUUCAUUACUAAAAAAAUCUCAGAUGUGUGUGUGUAGUCAGGGACCAUCAACAAGUAAUGCAA